CGUCCCCCCGGUCCCAAGCAGCCACGACUCAGGUCACAAAUCCAAUGAAUCUGCUAGUCAAACAAACCCUCUAACAUUCUCCCGGCGGCUGGGCUUCGCCGGCCAUGACGACGGUGGCGGUGGCGGUGGCCGUGACGGGCAAGGGCGGCGGCAGCCGCGGAGGUAAAGGGAGCCGCCGAGCUGUGCGUUGGGCCUUGGAAAAUUUGGUGCCUAAAGCCGAUCAUCUGGUCCUAGUUCACGUUAUGCCUGCCAUCACUUCAAUUCCAACUCCCUCCGGAGCCAGCAUCCCCAUUGAGGAACUGGACAGGAAUGUUGUGGAAAUGUAUAUCCAGGACAUGAAACUAAAGUCUGAAGAGAUAUUUUUGCCAUUCAAGAUACUGUGCAGAACAAAGAAGAUUGAGACUUUGGUGCUAGAAGGCGACAACCCUGCAUCAGCACUUCUUUCAUAUAUUACUGUCUCUGGCAUAAGAAGUUUAGUAUUGGGCUCUUGUAGUUCGAGUUGUAUCUCAUGUUUUAGGAAGGCAAAAAGCUCCAGUGUGCCAUCAGUAGUUCUACAACGUGCUCCAGAAGCAUGCAAUAUUUAUGUUGUGUCAAGACAUAGGCUUAUCAAAAGUUCUACCAACCCUCUAUUGGCUAGAGAGAGCAGCUCUAGACACUGGUUGUUUCCUCAAAAAGAGCAUUGUUCUCAUAGCGCUAGUGAAUUGGAAAAGAGCGUGUCCUGUUACUUAGUGGAGAGUGAAGUUAAUGACGCCCUUGGAACAUCGUCAUCUGCAGAUCUUAGUCACAUAAAUACCCUUGCAAUUGCACAAGAGAUAUCUUCUACUCAUUCCACUGGACUUAAAGAUGUAAAUUAUCAAAACUUGGGCAUUAAUGUCCCAGAAGUUCAUAAAGUACAGGGAUGCCAUUCUGUGGCUUCUACAGAUACAAAACAGUCCUACGUGGAAGCUGAAGUUGAACAACUACGUCUAGAAUUAGUGAAUGCUGUUUCCAUGUACAAUCGUGCUUGUGAGGACCUUGUCCAUGCCCAAAACAAGGUUUGCAUGCUUUCUUCUGAAUGCCUUGAUGAAGCAAAACAAGUAAAUGCUGCCUUGGAAAGAGAAGAAUUUUACAGGAAAGUUGCUGCGGAAGAGAAAGAGAAGCAUUUGGAAGCUGUGAAGGAGAUUGAGAUAGCAAGAAACCGGCUUGCUAAAGAGGCUUAUGAGAGGCAGAUAGCAGAAUUGAGAGCCCUCAAAGAAGCUAUGGAGAGAAAGAAAAUUGUUGAUUCACUCUUCUCGAAUGACAACAGGUACAAGAAGUACACAAGGAAUGAAAUAGAGAUAGCAACUGGUUUCUUCUCUGAGAGUAAUAAGAUCGGUGAAGGAUCAUAUGGGAGAGUGUACAGAUGUAACCUUGAUAACACCCCAGUAGCUGUCAAAGUUCUUCAGCCUGAUGCAUCAGACAAGAAAGAUGAGUUUCUCAAAGAGAUUGAAGUUCUCAGCCAAUUGCGCCACCCCAACAUUGUUUUGCUGCUUGGAGCUUGUCCAGAGACCGGUAGCCUGGUAUAUGAAUAUAUGGAAAAUGGAAGCCUAGAGGAUCACAUUUUGCGCCGAAGUGGCACGCAUCCACUUCCUUGGUUUGUUCGUUUCCGGAUAGCAUUUGAAGUAGCUUGUGGGAUUGCAUUCUUGCACAACUCAAAACCAGAGCCUAUUGUUCAUCGAGAUCUAAAACCAGGGAAUGUCUUUUUAGAUAGAAAUUAUGUGAGCAAAAUUGGUGAUGCUGGGUUGGCGAAACUCAUUUCAGAUGCCGUGCCUGACAACAUCACAGAAUACAGGGAUUCACUCAUUGCCGGUACUUUCCACUACAUGGAUCCAGAAUAUCAAAGAACUGGAACUGUCCGACCCAAAUCAGAUCUGUAUGCUUUUGGAAUCAUCGUCCUCCAAUUACUGGCUGGCCGGCAACCUAAUGGGCUCUUAUUGACAGUAGAAAAUGCUAUUGCAAAUGGCUCCUUGUCUGACAUAUUGGAUAAGUCAAUACCAGAUUGGCCUCUAGCUGAAGCACAAGAACUAGCUCAUGUUGCCUUGAAAUGCUCCAGGCUCCGGUGCAGAGAUAGGCCGGAUCUUGAAACUGAAGUUCUACCAGUUUUGAAAAACCUUGCCGAUUUUGCAGACGCUUAUUUAAGCGCAGAAAGGAACAGUAUUGAUGCACCUAGCCACUACUUCUGCCCAAUUCUUCAGGAAGUGAUGGAUGAUCCACACAUUGCUGCCGAUGGUUUUACAUAUGAACAUAGAGCAAUCAAGACAUGGCUUGAGAGACAUAAUAUAUCGCCAGUAUCAAAGCUCAGGCUGCCACAUGCCGCACUUAUUCCAAACCAUACAUUACGUUCCGCCAUACAAGAGUGGAGGUCACAGGUAAGGUCCCCGAAUGUCUGAGCCACUUGCAUUCGAAUCCAGCAUUUUAGUUCAGGGAGUAGGUUUCAGAUCAGGAUUUCAAGCAUUCAUGGUGCACUUCACUAGUAAAUUGUUGCAAUAACAGUAUUGCAAUAAUGGUAUUUAUCAGCAAUGGCAAUGCUGAUGUACCUUCAUCUGCAAGUGUACUGUACUUAUUAGUAACUCUACUUGUUAAUUGUAGAUACGUGCUCUGCCUAUGAACAAAUUGUAAAGUUAGCAUUUAUUUGGAUGAUGAAACAUGGAAGUUCCUCUUCCAGUUAACUGUU